GAAACGAUCCAGUCUGUGGCAAUACUAUCAUGGGUAAUAACCGCCCUACUGCUGGAAUUUGCAACAUGGCUUGCACUGGUGACUCGAGUCAGCAAUGCGGAGGACCAGAUGCAAUCAAUAUCUACGUUAAAGACAAUUAUCAAUACACAACUGGCCCUGCGUCUGUUCUCGACAUAUACAAUGAUAGCGCAGGCUGGCGCCUCCUUAAGCAUCAACCCACGACUCCUAUUCCAGGCGAUGAGAUGACGGUUCAGAAAUGCGUUGAUGCAUGCCAAGCUUCUGGCUUUACUUCUGCGGGGGUAGAGUACGGAAGGGAAUGCUAUUGCGAUAAUGUUACCUACCCGCCUGGACAAAGUCAGGAUAUGGGCGAAUGCUUCAUGCCUUGCACUGGUGGACAUACCGCGGCGUCAUCCAAGUCUUCAACGCAGAUACUUAUGCACCUCUCGGUUUUAUCUCCAAGCACACCAUCAGUGGUAGUGGCCA